AUGUCUUCUGAUAUCUAUACUUUUGAUAUUUCUUUCAACCUCCCAAACAUAGCCACUUAUGAUCCUUUCAUUCACGUACUUCAUGAGGAUUUCAACAAUUCUCCACACCCUUUUUCUUUCUCUUCCUCAAUUACCAAUAACCAUCUGGUACCACUAACAAAUCUUGAAGAUUAUCAUAAUAACACACUCAUGGAUUCCUCGAAUUUUCAAUGGCAAGAAUUGAACUCCUCCGAAAAUAGUUUCUUCACCGGACAAAUAAGAAGGGCAAGCAGUGCAGGUGAUUCUCAAACGGAGGAAGCAAACUUGUUGAAAGUAGGGCGUUACAGUGUAGAAGAAAGAAAACAAAAAAUCUCUAAAUACAGAGCCAAGAGAAAACAGAGGAAGUUCAACAAGAUUAUUAAGUAUGAAUGUCGAAAGACACUAGCCGACAAUAGAACGCGCAUACGUGGCAGAUUCGCGCGUAACGACGAAACCAGUGAGAUUCCAAAAACUCCAUCUUCAAAAAUAAAAGAAUACGAAGAUGAAUUAUGGGUUGAUCUGAUUGAAGGAUUAAAUGAAGAUCACACAGCAUGUUUUUAUUUAAGCUGA